UAUAAAGAUAAAACCAUUUUUAAAGAAUGGUGGAAAAUACCGAAAGAUAUUCACGAAAUAAUCGCCCAAAUUUCAGACAAUUAUAAUUAUGAUAAUAAUUUGAACGAAAGUAGCAACAAAGAAGAAGAUAAUUAUAAUUCGGCUGAUAGUAAUAUUGAUGAGGAAAAUGGUUCGGCCACUUCAAGUAAAGAUAUAGAAGAUAAUACAAGUGAGGAAUCUGAAGAUUUUUCUUUAAUAGAAUUUAACAGUUAUGAAAUAAAAAAUAAAAUCUCAAAUCUCAUAACGAAAUAUCCAUAUAUGCCAACAAUUACGAGAAUAAUCUGUGAUAAUAUACAAAAACAAAAUUUAAGUCUACGAGAUCUACUUCCCAAUGGAAUUGUUAAUUAUUCGUUUUUACGAUUAUAUAAUUACAUUUUUGAGCAAGACUGUUUUGAAGCUUUAUUAUGGAGUAAAGCUGAACAAAAACAAUAUAAAACGAAUUUGACAAACGAUGAAAAAAAUUUCAUAUGCAAUCACAUUAAACAUAGAUACUAUACCGCACCUAACAAACUUCUAUUAUACAAGAAAAAAUCUCCAAAAAUCAAUGAAAGUUCAUAUUCUUUUCAAGUAGUCAAGUCUAUUUGCGACUUAUUAUUGUACAACAUUAAAGGAAUAAAUAUUGAAUAUAAUGGACCAUCUGAAUCUACACAAAAUCGGAAUAGAGGAAAAUCCGGACCAACAUGUCUUCCCGACUUAAUGGUAUCAAAGAGUUUUAUGUUAUCUAAUUAUAAAUGGGAAUUCAUGUUUUGUGAA